AUGUCCGAAAUCCCAGAAAACUCCAACGUUUCCAUCUUCAGCAAAAAUGAGAAGAAAGCCAGAGAAUUGAUUGGAAAACUCGGCUUGAAGGCUGUUCCAGGUAUUGCUCGUGUCACCUUCCGUAAAAAGAACAACCAAAUUUACGCCAUUGAGAAGCCAGAAGUGUUCAGAUCUGCUGGUGGUAACUUCGUCGUUUUCGGUGAACCAAAGAUCGAUGACUUCCCUCAAAGAUUGGCCAAGGCCCAACAAGAAGCUCAACUUGCUGGUCCAGGUGUCGCCCAGACCGGUGUCGCUGAAGCCCUUGCCAAGGAGAACCAAUCUCUACCUGAGUCUAUUCAAGCUGAUAUGGCAGCCGCUGCCGAAGGCAAACCUGUGGAAGCUGAAGAAGAAAGCACGGGUGCUGUUGAUGAGACUGGCUUGAACAGCGACGAUAUCGAAUUGGUCAUGCAACAGGCUAACGUCUCGAGAGACAAGGCUGCCAAGGCGCUACGUGACCACAACUCUGAUAUUGUCAACGCUAUCAUGUCCUUGUCUUAG